AUGCACUCUCAGGAUCCUGAAAGAUACAGCUUCCAUAAUGGAGAUUCCAAGCAUCAAGUUCAGAACGAUGUGACCGCCGAUCAAGCCAGCGAGGAGACCCCUAACGAGCAUGCUCAAGCUGGUGUCACUCAGGCUGAGGCCAUUACUUUGUCGUGGACCAAGAGCUCCAUGAUCGCGACCUAUGCACUGAUGUGGUGUAUCUACUGCGUGAACGCUUUCCAGUCCAACAUCACUGGCAACCUUUCGGCCUAUAUCACCUCUGGAUUUGAAGCGCAUUCGUUGCUCCCCGUCAUCUCCAUCAUCUCCUCUAUCAUGGGUGCCGCAACCUACAUGCCUCUCGCCAAAGUGCUGAACCUGUGGGACCGUACCGUUGGUCUCUUAAUCAUGCUUUGUUUCUUCCUCCUCGGAUUGAUUUUGUCAGCAACUUGCAACAGCAUCGGAACAUACUGCGCAGCUCAGGUCUUCUACGCCAUCGGAUCCGCUGGUCUCAUCUUCUGUGUUGACGUUGUCACCAUCGAUACUUCUACUCUCCGCAGCAGAGGUUUGGCUUACGCUCUCACUUCGUCGCCUUUCAUCAUCACCGCAUACGCUGGUCCUGCAUCUGCCGAGCAGUUUUACGCAACCAACUGGCGCUGGGGAUACGGAACUUUCUGUAUCGUUCUGCCCUGUGUUGUGCUCCCCUUCUUCGGCCUACUCCGUUACUUCCGCUCCAAGGCGAAGAAGAACGGUCUUCUCAAGGAGAAGCCCAAGAGUGGCAGAACUUUCAAGCAGAGCGUUUGGUACUACAUUAUCGAGUUCGAUGUGCUCGGUGUCUUCCUUUUGACUGCCGGUCUGUCUCUGUUCCUGCUUCCCUUCACCAUUGCAGGCUCCGCUGAGGAUGACUGGAAAACUCCUCACAUCAUCAUCAUGCUGGUCUUUGGUGUCGCCUGUUUGAUUGGCUUCGCUGUGGCAGAACGCUUCCUCGCUCCCGUACCCUUCCUACCUUGGGAGCUUCUCGCCAACAGAACUGUCAUUGGCGCCUGUUUGAUUGAUGCCACUUACCAGAUCUCUUACUACUGUUGGUACGACUACUUCACCUCUUACCUUCAGGUCGUUUUCGGGACCAGUCUUGCCACUGCUGGUUACAUCAGUAGUAUCUUCGAUGUUGUGUCCGGUGUAUGGCUCUUCUGUGUCGGUUUCGCUAUCAAGGGCACCAACCGCUUCCGCUGGUUGCUCUGGAUUGCCGUUCCUCUUUACAUCCUUGGUAUCGGUCUCAUGAUCUACUUCCGUCAACCCGGUUUCUCUGUCGGAUACACCAUCAUGUGCCAGGUCUUCAUCGCUUUCGCUGGUGGUACCAUGAUCAUCUGUCAACAGGUUGCCGUUCUUUCCGCAUCUGACCACAACAACGCUGCUGCAGCUCUAGCUUUCCUGAACGUCUUUGGUAACAUUGGUGGCGGUAUUGGUGGCAGUAUCUCCGGUGCUGUCUGGCAACACACUCUGCCCAGUGCAUUGCAAAAGUACCUUCCUGCUGAGGCUCUCGCUGAUUGGGAGACUAUCUACGAGGAUCUGGCAACCCAACUCAGCUACCCCAUGGGUGACCCCGUCCGCGAGGCUAUCAUCAAGGCCUACGCAGUUGGUCAGAGCAGAAUGUUGAUUGCUGGUACCUGUAUCAUGGCAACUUCUCUUAUCUGGAUGUUCGUCAUCAGGGACGUCAGACUCAACAGGACCCAGACCAAGGGUAUCUUGUUCUAG